AAGGAGAGCCUAAAACCCUGGCUAACCCCCUUAUCCAUUUUUUUCCCCAGCGGACCCAACGAAACCUUACCCCCGACGCCAUGGUCACCAAGCUUCUACUCAGACUUCAUUCUUUUCCACUCACUACGCUCCACGCCAAUCUUAUCUUCCCCAGAAAACAUUCUCUCCCCAAAUCCCUCACCGUCUCUCUCUUCUCCACCAGCAGCAGCAGCCAAGCCCUAACACAAAUCCGAAUUCCAGACACUACCCUCUCUUAUGGACCCUCCCUCCACAAAGGUUAUACUCCUCAACCCCAACAGCACGAGCAAGAAGAUUGCUUAAUUGACGAACAAGACUUCACUCGGGUCUUCGACCUCGCGGCGCUUCGUGUACCUGCAAAAGACUGUUUUGCUCUAGAGAAGCGACUCCGAGGCCACCUCUUGAACUGGCCUCGCAUUCGCAACAUUGCUCGAGUCCCCGGUGAUGAGGUUGAUCCCGAGCUGGUAAAUCUAUUGGGAGACAGAGACGAAGAGCCCGAAGAAGAUCUCGUUUCCUUGGAACGAAGAAUUUAUGGGAAAGCCGAGGGCGACGGCGACGUUUUAAGCCCGGUGCUGUAUAGGGAAAAGCUUGCCAGGACGUUUAACUCGCGGGGGUAUGUCAAAUUUCGAAAUUUAGCGAAGAUUUCGAGGCCAACGAAGAAGAAGAGGAGGAGAAAUGACGACGGGGAGGAGGCGGCAAGGGGUGAGGGCAAGAGGGGAAUUGAGAAGAAUGAAAUUGUUUUGGUGGAGGUUGUGGAAGAGGAGGAGGAAGGGGGGGAUUUGAAGGGAUUGUUGGGGGAUGAGUUUGAGGGGAGGAUGAGGAAGUGGAGGGGUCCGACAAGGCUGUUGCUAUUGGACGAGCGUUACUCAGGGAGGAAGGUGGAGGACCUACCCGAGGCAAUCAAGGUUCUUCUGAAAGAAGAUAUGAAGGAAAGUCCAAAAUCAACCUUUGAGCUUGUCAGAUGCAAGCUCACAUUGUUUUACAAUUACUGGCAGAUGAAUGAGAUAUUGGAGGCCAUGCUACCAAAGGAUAUAAUUGUUCCUUCAGCUUUUGAAACAGUUGGGCAUGUUGCUCACCUGAACCUGAGAGAAGAACAUCUGCCGUACAAGAAUCUUAUAGCAAAGGUCGUUCUUGACAAAAAUAAGCCAAAAUUACAAACAGUUAUCAAUAAGCUUGAAGCCAUUCAUAAUGACUACAGAACAAUGCAGCUGGAGGUCUUAGCCGGAAACCACUCUCUUGUGACUACAGUAGUUGAGAAUGGAAUGCGAUUUCAUGUUGAUUUAGCAACAGUGUAUUGGAAUUCAAGGCUUGCAACAGAAAGACAAAGGCUUCUCAAUGGAUUUACACGCAACGAUGUUGUUUGUGAUGUUUUCACUGGGGUUGGUCCAAUAGCCAUAUCAGCUGCAAAGAUUGUCAAACGCGUCUAUGCUAAUGAUCUAAACCCUUAUGCUGUCGAAUAUUUAGAAAGAAAUUGUGUGCUCAACAAAGUUGAGAGGAAAGUAGAGGUCUUUAACAUGGAUGGGAGGAGAUUCAUCCGGGCUAUAUUUGCAAGUGAGAAAGCUAAGGGCAUCACACAAGUGGUUAUGAAUUUGCCUAAUGAUGCUGCAGAGUAUCUAGAUGCAUUCAGGGGAAUAUUCAGAGGCAGACCCAAGAAUGGAGACUUCACUUUCCCAUUGAUCCAUGUCUAUGGUUUCUCCAAAGCUCAAGAUCCAGAGUUCGACUUUCACAAGAGGAUAAGAAUUUCAUUGUCAGAGGUAGCAGUUGAUGUAGAAAUGCGUAGGGUGCGCCUUGUUGCACCAGGAAAAUGGAUGCUAUGCGCGUCAUUUAUCCUCCCUGAGACUGUAGGAUUUGCGGAUAGUAGGCAAGAUAGGUGAAAAGCUAAGUGUACGCUAACCCUAGUUUUGUAUUUGUAACUUAUUUAAUAAUCCCUCACAAAACUUGAUGUAUGUUUGUAUAGUCUUUUUUUUUUUUUUUUUUUUUCCUAAGCAAGCUACAUUGAUGAAAAAUAAACCGUAGUACAAAUUAUAAAA